UAGACUAAUGGUGUUGUUGUUAAAAUUAAUUGAAACGUGUUUUAUUAAUGAGCCGUAUCUUAACUUUGAUGUCAUUCGUAGGGAGAGCUGCUCAAAGGAAGAUGCGAGUGUUGCCACUUCUUGUAUUAUGCAUCGCACAGAUAGCCAUGUCAACACCUCUCAGUGUCUACGAGGUUCAUUCACGUGACUAUUUCGACACUUAUGAUAACAGCCAAGGAAACUCUCUGCGACAUAAUAAAGAUCACGCGGAAUAUUCCAAGAAACAUGAUAGGAGAUCGGCGGAUUUAUUAACACAGGCCAGCAGAAGAAAUAACAGCGCGUCAGAACACGAAGACGGUCACAGGCUCAAGAGGUUGGAAUCCAAUCUGACGGAAGUGCUGACUAAUCUAUCGUCCGUCCUGAAUCAAAUACUUAACAUAGUUAAGUACACGAAACAGGAGGAGUUCCGCGCCUUCAACGAUUAUAUACCUAACAACGAGGACAGGAACCGGCAGAGAAUCAAACGGAGCUCUGAGACCGUCAACGACACGGUCACGGAGAAAGUCACCCUCGAAAACACAACAGAGGCAACCAACACCAGCGGCAGAAGAACCAUGAUGGGAGUUGGAGCGCCUGUCACCAACGACGAAGUCAGAAACAAGCUGUUCACUUACAUAGAGGAAGGGUUCAAUGAAAUCAAAUACAAGGUGAGCUCGCUGCAACCGAUCAAAACGGCUUUCAGCAACGACGUGGCCUACAAGAUUGGGUACAUAGUCGCCAACAUUGACACCCUGGACGCCAACAUGAAGAACCUGAAGAAAGACAUGGACUCUGAUAGGUACGGCUGGAGCGACAACCGCAUCCUGACCCUCUACGACACCAUCAAGAUGUCCAACUCCGCUGUCAGCAACCUGAUGGACGUGUUGAAGGACUUUCUCGAGAGGGGAGUCACCGGUGCUUACAAGUAAAUAAAGGGUGCGUCCAUUA